CGCGCUGCUGUCGCUGCUGUUGCUGGUCUCAGUAAGAUGUCACAUGAUGUUUUGAAGGUCUGAUCAGUUCAGGAAGAAAUAUCUGGGGUUUUAAGUCUCAGAAAUGAUUAAAGGGUUGCUACGAUAAAAGCUUUUAGUCCUAAUGGAGCAUAAAGCUGGAGAUGCAGACUGGCCCAUCCCUCAAGGGGCGGAGCCUCCAACUAACACAGAGAGGGCGGGGCCAGGCUCGGAGGCGGGGCCAGAGGCUGAGGAGGCUGAAGCUGGAUCUGGGUCUGAACUUCAGGCUGGACCUGUGGAGGACCUGCUGAUCGUAGAUAAAGAGUCUGUGGAGAAACUAACCGAGGGGCUGAUCUCCCACUACCUUCCCCAACUACACACCUCUAAACACGCCCUGCAGGAGCUAACGCAAAAUCAAGUGAUAUUACUGGAAACUUUCGAGCAGGAGAUAACAAAGUUUCGGGAGUGUAACUCCAUGGUUGAUCUUAAUUCUUUGUUCACAGAAGCUAAACUGUAUCACAAUAAACUGGUGAACAUCCGGAAGGAAAUGAUAACUCUACACGACAAAACCUCCAAACUAAAGAAGCGAGCACUGAAGCUGCAGCAGCAGAGGCAGAGGGAGGCGCUGGAGAGAGAGCAGCAGAAAGAGAGAGAGAUGGAAAGAGAAAGACAACUCAUUGCCAAACCAGCCAAACGGACUUAAUAAAACACACACACACACACACACAAACACACACACACACACACACACACACAGCUGCCAAAGUUCAGCAAGGCACAGCACGUCCAGGAGCAGCAAUGAUGUCUUUCAAUCCACAGAUCAUCCACAGAGCAUUCCCUUUUAUUUAGGUUUAGUUUUUUUUCUAAGUUAAAGUUAUGGUUCAUGUUAAUCAACUGUAUGCUAAACGUGAGCAUAUAUAUUUUUAUAAUCAUCUGAACUUUUCUGUUUUCAGUUCAACUCCACUCUCUAGGCUCUGUGUGUUUCCAUAGAUUCUGUUAACUGCUUGACAAGGUUAAUAGCCUGGUAAUAAAAAUCCCCCUUAACCCUAAAAAUAGACUGUAUAUCACACCUGACCUCUAUAUUAUUAACGUACUGUACCUACUAUACCUAAAUGUAGGUAUUGUGAUAUAAACUGAGGCGGAGCUACAGUCUCUCAUUAGGAUUGAAUGGGAUUUUUACCAGAGUUCUCUAACGCUUGUCCAAUAAAGCAACACUAGAUAUUGAAGAAUGGAUUUUUUUUUUUGGCCUAAAUUUUCCCUAAAGCCUGAGCUUGGUCUGGACGGUUCCUAAUUUGAUAUCUGUAUAAUUAUGAAUGUUAUUAAAGCACAAAGAAUUCAUAA